AGACGUCGUACUCUAAUGGAAGAAGUUCACUCGGAGGCGGAACCUAUUGGAUACUCCGAUUCUCCAUUUACCAUAUCCCAGCCGCCAGAGAUUAAGAAUUGGUUUUCAAGUUACGUUUAUGAAUCACUCGCACUGACUUCUUCAGUCAAGAACAGUGAUAGCGAACUUAAAUCUAUGAACAAGAAUGUGACACAGUUGUCAGAUACGAAUCUCUAUGAUGAAUCACUCCCUUCUGAACCUCCUGGUAUAGCCAAUUGGUUUUCUAGCUAUGCUUAUGAAUCACCGCCCACCCUGGAUACAAAUGAUGCUCUUCACUUUUCGGUUGGUGGAGAAGAUAGUGAAUGUGUAAAGGAGACUCAAGCAGAAGACGAAGGGACUAAAGAAAUUGAUGUUUGUCCUAGUUUGUUUGAGCAACAGCUCGUCUCUUCUGCAAAGGUUACAGAUUGCUCUCAGUCUCAGCAUCUCCUUUCAGAACCUCCUGAUGUUGGAAACUGGUUUUCAAGCUAUGUGUAUGAAUCUCCACACCUUUCAGACACUCAUGAACUUGAAUUCUAUUCUUCUUGUGAGCAAGAUGAGUUAAUCAUUGAGGAGAGUGACACUGAGGAAGAAAAUACUUGUGGUAUUUUUCGGAAAACCAAGAGCAAGCAAGACACUAUUGCUCCUGGGAGAUUAAAAUCAAAUGACUGCAAUGAAAACGCAGCCGCAGACACGGGCAAGGAGGUCUCUGCAUAUUCAAAAAACCAAGAACGGGAAAAGAAGUCACCGGUUACACUUACCCUGCUCAAUGUCUCAACGAAAGAAGUGGAACAAGAAUCAAGCUUCAGGCAAGAACCAUUGUUCAGUGAAACGAAAGAAGAAGCAAACUUUAGCGGCUACAACUCAAAGCCACAAUCAUUAGCUUAUUUACAGAAUCUGAGACCAAAACAUAUCCAGGAAACCAUUUCCACGAGCUCUCCAAGAAAAGCUGCUCAAAGUGAAGAAAACCUGGAGUCAGUAAACCAAGAAUCAGAUGACAAGGAAAAUGUUGACGGAAAAAGCCCUGAAACUGGAUUUGUGACGAUGAAGAAGAAGAAGAAGGCGAGAUUUAGAGAAUCAAGAGACCAAAGUUCCAUGACGAGACCAAAUAGAGGAGGUCUGGGGGAGUGCUCAAGAAGUAAAGAGUUAAAGAAGAUGGCGACAGAAGAAGAGGAAGAAAGAAAGAAGAGGAAGAAGAGAAGAGUUUUGUGUGAAGUGUCGAACCAUCAGCUAUCUGGGGGAGAGGAGAUUGCAGGAAAAUGGAGUUGCCCUCAGAAAAGGAAAGGGAAAUCAGGUCCGCCAUUGAAGCAGCUUCGACUUGAUGCCUGGGUGCAUAAAGUCUGAGUCUUUGAGGCUUCACCACCAAUGUAUACUGUACUUCUGUGUAUUUCUUUCCCUCUCUUUUCAAUCCCCUAUAUAUUAAUUGAGAAACAUUUGAAAAGAUGUAACCUCAAGUUUG